AUGCCACACGUUGGAGCAGUUGUUACCAGUCAAAUUUUAACAAAUGCAGUAAGCUUUUUACCACCAGAUAUAAUCGGUUGGGAAAAGCGGAAUGCGGUAUUAAUGCAUCCAGAAGCAAUGGCUAAACUUCAUAUAUUACCUCGUGAACCUUGUUGGUUAACAAAUAUUGAUGCUAGUGGAAACAAGACUACUACUGUUGCGCAAUGUGUAACAAUUUGGCCGUGUAAUGAGGUCAAAGAAAUGCAUAUUUUCUUUCAAAAAGCUCGAAUUGGCGUGAAAUAUCGGCUGAACGUUGUGAAUAACGAAAACAUUAAAAAAGUUUCAACUAUACAAUUGCGUCCGUCAUCUGGACGACAUUUUUUAUCAAUUUAUGCCAAAAGACAUUUCCGUGAUUAUAUGGCGAUUUAUCUAUCCAAUGGGUAUUUAGGAAUCAAUGUACCGGUAUGCGUUUACUAUUAUGGACAAGAGCACUGCUUCGAUAUUGUAUUAUCAGAAGCAGAAAUGUUAAAAAUGCUAAAAAUUUCAUCUAACUUGUCAACAGUCAUGUUGCUAAAGCCUAAACCAGAUUGUACCUAUCACGUGGUUGACGAUACGGUGGCAUCAACUAGUUCUUUUCCUCUCACGUUUGAACAGUUUGGUGGAGCGGAAAAUGCUAAAAAAGAAAUCGAGGAAAUCUUGAUAAAACCGUUGAAAGAAGGAAAAGAAGCAUGCUCAGUGAUAUUAUCAGGAUAUACAGGAUGUGGGAAAACGUUGUUUCUACGUAUAAUACAAGAGUAUUUGCAAGAUAAAGCUCUUUGGUUAUCGGGGCGAGACCUUGAAGAUUUCCUUGAAAAUGGCGCAAUAAAUUAUGAUCAGAAAAUGGCAUUAUUAGUGGAUAAUUUCGACAAUAUGAAGCAGUGCAGUGAAAAAUUAUGCAAUUUUAUGGAUACAUAUACGAAUUUCUUAUUCGUAUUGACUGUACGUAAUGUCGAAGUUAUUGGCUUACCACUACGAGGAAGAUUUCCGUGUGAAUUGGAAUUGCUGGUUCCUUCACUACCGGAAAGAAUAGAAAUUCUACAUCUAUUGUUCAAAACGAAACAAUUAAAGUUAUCCUCAGCUCAGGAGCUGAUACAAGAUAUUGCUCAAAAAAGUCACGGAUAUACAGGUGGUGAUUUGAAAGCUGUUUUUCAUCGUGUCUGUGCUAAUUUCGAAUUUACCAAUAAUAUGAGUGAAUUAUUUCAACGUUUCGAUGUUGCAUUGAAACGCGUACAUCCAACGGGUAUUCGUCAGUUUGUGCUUCAGGUACCUGAUGUCAACUGGGAAGACAUUGGAGGAAAUCGGGAAUUAAAGAUGAAAAUUGAACAGGCAGUUUUGUGGCCAUAUCGAUAUCCGGAAAUUUUCAAGCGUUUCGCUUCGAAACCUCCAUCAGGCAUUUUAUUAUAUGGACCACCCGGUUGUAGUAAAACUUUAAUAGCACGAGCAAUCGCUUCACAGUCACGCAUGAACUUUUUAGCAGUAAAAGGACCAGAAUUGUUCAGCAAAUGGGUUGGUGAAUCGGAAAGAGCUGUACGAGAGCUUUUCAGGCGAGCUCGACAGGUAGCUCCAGCUAUUAUCUUUUUCGAUGAAAUUGAUGCAGUAGGUGCAAAUCGAGGAGAUCGAAACGAAAGUCAUGUUGGUGAACGUGUACUGACACAGUUACUCACCGAACUUGACGGUUUGGAAGAGAAAGGUGAUGUAAUGGUGCUAGCAGCGACCAAUCGGCCCGAUAGAUUAGAUAGUGCAUUGCUCAGGCCAGGCAGAUUUAAUCUCACCAUUCAUGUUCCAUUACCGGACGAGGAGACUAGGCUUGAAAUUUUGCGUAUUCGAUUGAAUCACAUGAAAGUUAAUGUUGAUUUGGAUGUGGAAGACAUCGGUAAAAGAACCAAAGGAUUCUCUGGUGCCGAAGUAGUCGAACUCUGUGAUCAGGCCGUACGCGAAGCAUUGCUCGAAAACAGAGAUGCUGACAAGCUUGAAUUUCGACAUUUCCAUCAAGCAUUGAAGGAGAUUAUGCCGCGAACUCCAAAUUGGCUGUUGGAUAUUUAUAAGGAAUUUAAAAGAGGUGCUACAUUGGAUGUAAUCUGA